AUGCGCUUGACCGUCGAGCUCAUCCAAAAUUCGCUAACAUACAUCAAUCCGCUCACAGACCGCGAGCUGGAUCUCCGAGGUCACAAGAUCCCCGCAAUUGAGAACUUGGGUAUUGCCAAAGAUCAAGAUGCGAUCGACUUCACUGACAACGACAUCUCCUCCCUCGGGAACUUCCCCCACUUUCCUCGGCUUCGCACCCUUCUCCUCGCCCGUAACCGUAUCAAUCACAUCCAGCCUGCGCUCGCAACUUCGGUGCCUAACCUCACAACCCUGGUCCUGACCGCGAAUAAUGUGUCCGAGCUAGCGGAUCUGGAUCCGCUGCGGAACUUGGGACGACUGACGCACUUGACUCUUCUGCAAAACCCGGUGACUCGUAAAGAUAACUACCGUUAUUGGAUCAUCUGGCGCAUCCCCUCCAUCCGGUUCCUCGACUUCCAGAAAGUGACGGAUGCCGAACGUGCGGCCGCGAAAGAUCUCUUUGGAACCGAUGAGGAACCCUCAUCUCUCGCAUCGAAGAUCAUGGGUAUCAAGUCCCGCACUUUCGAUGUUUCCGCCCCAACUGAGCGCGCUCCCACCGAGAAGGGCGUUCGUGUAAAACUCACUGAUAACGAACGGAAGCGCGUCGAGCAGCUGAUUCGCGAUGCGAAGAGCUUGCAAGAGAUCACAAGGUUGGAGAAGGAGCUUAAUGAGGGGCGGAUACCUGGUGGGGCUGACGCCGAUGGUGAUGAGGCCAUGCAGAUGUGA